CUUACAUCUUCCCAGGAGCAUCAUCUUUUAGAAUAAAUCAGUUAAAUCAGUCCUACUUGGCACGGCUUUCGAUUGCGUGCAGGACACUUUCAAACGUUUGUCUGCUUGCAACUCAAAUUUUGAGAAUGAUGCCUUAAGUUGGGGAUGAUCUCAGAACGUCGCCGACUAUCUCACUUGUAACCUUACUAUUUAUUUAUUUUACCUACCUCUUUUCACUCUUCCUUCAUCAACAUCGCCGAAAUUGCAUAUUCAUCCGCAAUUUUUAAUUCCUUGUCACCUUAUCCAUCAUGUCGGCCACGCGAAAUGGCCAUACCAAUGGUGGCCCAAAUGGCGACCCCAUUCCCCUUCCUGUUAGCAAGCGAUUCUCCGACAUUCCUAGCGCGAUCGAUAUUCCUGUCCAGGGCGAUCAAGAAGAUGAAGCUGUCGAGAUCGAUCUAGAAGACCUUGUCGAUGACCCAACCGAACUUUGCACAUUAUUCGAGAACGAGCGCGCUGCACGAACGUAUUGGAUGACAGUUUCCCUCGCAUACGCCAAGCAGAAGAAGAUUGAUCAUGCCAUCGAAAUGCUUAAUCGAGGCGGCAACGCUAUGCAAGACAACAACCCUAAAGAGAAGCUUAGCAUUAUUACCUGCUUAUGCUGGAUGUAUCUCUGGAAGAGCCGUGAAGCACCACGCGUUCCACCCGAGGGCGCGCUCCUAUCUGAAGCCAAGACCAAAGAUUAUUACCUCCAAUUAGCUACCUCCUCUCUCAAUGAUGCAUCGCGCAUAAACCCGGCAUUCCCGCCACUAUUCUUAGCUCGUGGCGUGCUUCAACUUUUGAAGGCCUCGCUACAGGCGCCUUCUAAGGCACCCGGAGCCGGUCAUAUCGAGCAAGACAAGGCCGAUCUACUAAAGAGUGCCCUGAAGGCUUUCGACCAGGCGAGUAAGGUUUCGCAAGGGAAGAACAUGCUAGCCUUGCUUGGGAGAGCGAGGGCAUUAUUCGGUCUUGGGAACUACAAGGAGUCGCUAGAGACAUACCAAAACGUUCUGAGAAAAAUGCCUGACUUGGUGGACCCAGACCCUCGAAUUGGAAUAGGGUGUUGCUUCUGGCAACUGAGACAUAAGGAAGAUGCGAAACAGGCCUGGGAGAGAUCCCUUGAGAUUAACCCAGAAUCGAAGACGGCCAAUAUCCUCCUAGGUUUAUACUAUCUUGACGCUAGCAGUCGAGUUCCUACGAACAGCCCGGAGUUUAUUCGACUCUACAAGAAGGCCAUGACGGAGUAUACACAAAAGUCCUUCAAGAUUGACAAAAACCAACCUUUAACAUGCGCAACCUUCGCUAGCUAUUUCUUAUCCAGCAGAAAUCUUGCUCACGUCGACUCUCUAGCCAACAAGGCCAUUCAGUAUACUGAUGUGAACGCGAUUGCAAGUGAUGGCUGGUACCUCCUUGCUCGGAAAGAACAUUUCAGCGGAAAUGUUGAAACAGCCGCUGAUUAUUACCGCCGUGCGGACGAAGCUAGAGGUGGCCUCGAAAGAGGUUACUUACCAGCGAAAUUUGGUGUCGCCCAACUCUCGGUUCUGAACAAUGAUCUGGGAGAAGCUAAGCUUCGGUUGGAGAAGAUCAUUCAAUCAGCAAACAAGAACGAGCGAAAUUACGAAGCUAUGAUCCUUUUGGGCACUCUUUACGCCGAAGAGGUGUUCGCUAAUCAAUAUGCUGCGGUUAAAGAAGACAAGUCUGCAGAGAUGCGAAAGUCUAUUGAAUAUUUGGAGCAUGUCCGCACUGCUUGGAAAGACUCCAAGAAAAACCUGUCUCCAGAUCCAGCGAUUCUAUUGAAUCUUGCACGUCUCUACGAGAACGACCACCCAGAUAAGGCCCUCGAAUGCCUCUUACAGGUUGAACAGCUCGAGCUGGAUCAAAUUCCUGCUUCGGAGCAUCCCACCGAUAUCGAAGAUGAGGCUGCCCUACGCAAUGCGUUACGCAAGAACCUCUCUCCGCAAUUGCUUAACAACAUCGGCUGUUUCUAUUCCCAGGCCGAGAAGCAUGAUCUGGCCAGCCAGAUGUUUGAAGCUGCUUUAAGCUCCUGCAUGCGGAUUGGCGAGAAGGGUGAAGACAUGGAUACCGAUGCACUAGUCACUACUAUCAGUUUCAACUUGGGUAGGAGUUACGAGUCCCAGGGUCUCGUAGAUCAAGCCGUUGAGGUCUACGAGAAGCUAGUAGCUCGUCACGACGACUAUAUAGAUGCCAAGGCUCGAUUGGCUUAUAUCAAAUUGCGCAGAAACCCUAAUAAGGAAGGCCCCGACGCCGUCGCCCAACUACAGCAAGACAAUUCUUCUGACUUGGAAGUCCGUGCUUUGUACGGCUGGUACCUUGGUCGCGUAAGCUCUCGGAAGAAGUCGGGUAACGUGAAUGAGGACCCAGAGCUACGGCAUUACAAGCAUACCCUUCAAUACCACGACAAGCAUGACCGUUACGCGUUGGUCGGCAUGGGUAAUCUGUAUAUGAUGGCUGCUCGCGAGAUGCGCCGAGAAACCGAACAAGAGAAGCAAAAGCGAUCUGCUACCUACACCCGUGCUGUCGAGUUUUUUGACAAGGCACUACAGCUGGACCCGAAGAACGCUCAUGCUGCCCAAGGUAUUGCUAUCGCGCUCGUCGAGGACAAGAAAGACUACAAGAACGCGCUUCCAAUAUUCCUAAAGGUUCGCGAAACCGUCAAGGAUCCAAAUGUCUAUAUCAACAUUGGACACAUAUACGCGGAAUUGCGACAGUUUUCGAAAGCGAUCGAGAGCUACGAGACGGCGCUCGCAAAAGAGGGCAAGGCCAACGAUCCAGGUAUUUUAGCUUGCCUCGGUCGGACAUGGUUGAAUAGGGGCAGGCAUGAGCGGAGCCUAGAUGCGUAUAAGACCGCUCUCAAAUACGCAAAGAAGGCUCUCGAAAUCUCUCCGGACCAGGUUCACUUCAAGUUCAACGUUGCGUUCGUCCAAAUUCAGCAAGUCCAGCACAUUAUGAAUGUACCUGAGACACAGCGUACGCUUGCCGAACUCGAGGAGGCUUCCGAGGGUCUUGAAGCGGCUAUCGUCGCUCUAGAUGAAAUUGCUACUCACCCACAGCCGCCGUAUCCUAAGACUGAUCUCGAGCAGCGAGCAAACAUGGCUCGCAACACGCAGCGCAAGCAGCUUGCUCGUCAAAUCGAGAGCCAGAAGGAAUAUGAAGAGAAGAAUAAGGAGAAACUUGCGGCAGCUCUAGAACAACGACAGGCUGAGUUGAGACGACGAGAAGAGGAACGACAAAAGGCUCUCGCGUUAGAGGAAGAACGGCGAGAGAAGAUUCGCAAAGAGCGUGAGGAGAUCAUAGCCCGCGACAGAGCUAUAGCCGAACAGCGAGCCGAGGAAGAAAUGGCUGCCCAACAAGCCGAAAUGACUACAGAUAGUGAAACAGGUCAAAAAGUGAAGAGAAAGCGGAAGACCAGACCUAAAUCGAAUGGCGAGCCUAAGCCGAAAGGCCGUUCUCGCAAGAAGAAGGUCGGUAGCGACGGCGAGGAUAAUGAAUCCGAGGCAGAACGCCAACCAAAGAAGAAGCGCAAGCUCGCAUCCAAGAAAGAGUCGACCAAGUACAAAUCUGCCGAAAUCGUGGUUGAUAGUUCAGAUGACGACGAUGCCCUUGAGCGUGCGGAGCGGGCCCUCGAGAGGCAUACCUCGGCUCUGUCGGACGCCGACGGUGCGUCGAGAGCUGGUGAUGAUGGAGAUCGGAUGGAAGUAGAUAAUACAGCUGGACAGAAUGAUGAUGAAGAUGAGGAGGAAGAAGCAGCAACUAGCCGCGCACCAGCCAAGAGGGUUCGACGUGGUAGGGUCCUUGACGAUAGCGACGAUGAAGAUGAAGGCGAAGGUGCUGGUGCUACGAAUGCUGGAGCUAACGGAGAAUCCGAUGCUGAAGCAACGACAGGCGCCGCCGAUACCAGUAUGGCAGAUGCUGCAGACGAGGACGAGGAGGAUUAAAGUUGUCUAUUUGUAUAGUAUAAAAAGGGCGUAUUAUUACUGCAGGGUUUCCUAGCAGACCUUUGGUUGCGUAUCUAGUUGAGUUUAUUCCUAUAACAUAGGAUGGUAAUGAAAAUAAUUGACGACCAAGGCGACCAAGGCGACCAAGGGGGCUUACCGAUAAAGUGCCUAACCUAAUAGAAGCAUUAUCGUUAACUAGGUACCUACGGAAUAUUGAGAUAUGAGAAC